UAAUCAUGGAUAAGGAUGACUGUAUUGUCAUUCAUUUAUCAUUUGACAAAAUUUGAACUUUGUUUGUCUUCAUCAUGCUAGUCAAGAGACUAUAACGGUCAUUUUCACCAGGACUGAACUGAUAAAGCCACCAGCUAUCAGGCUAAUGUAAACUCCAUAAACAUGUCGACAGGAUUUGAUUUUCGGUGUAAUGAGGGGGAAUGUGGUGUAACAGAGAAGCAAGUGUCCGUGUUUAAAGAGACGGGAUGUCUGAUUCAAAGGGGCUUGUUUGGACAAAAAGAAAUUCAAAAGAUAGAGCAGAUGCUACAAGAGAGUGACCUAAUAAAGAAGUAUAGCUAUGGGAUUCCAGACCAUACAGGGAGAAUGCCCAGAAUGAUGUUGUGGUUACAUCCGGGGUCUGACGUCACUGGGAUGAUGGCCAGAUGCAAGAAAGUUGUCGACACUGCCGAGAAACUUCUGGGAGGGGAAGUCUACCAUUACCACACCAAGCUGAUUAUGAAGGACCCGCUGGUUGGAGGGGGGUUUGAAUGGCACCAAGAUUAUGGAUACUGGUAUUUCAAUGGUCUGCUAUACCCAGACGCUGUUAGUGUGAUGGUGUCCUUAGAUAAGUGUACCAAAGAAAAUGGCUGCGUUCAGGUUUUACCCGGGUCUCAUCACGUGGGUCGGAUAGAUCAUGUACCUGUGGCGGGACAAACAGCGGCUGAUCCCGACAGAGUAGAACACCUGAGGAAGAAGUUCCCACUGCAAUACAUAGAACUGGAGCCUGGCGACGCUUUCUUCAUGCACAGUAACGUCCUCCACAAGAGUGAUCACAACAACAGUCCCAGCAGACGAUGGCUGUUUAUCAUGGCCUACAACAAAGCUACCAACAACCCGCUGGAAAACUUGACGGGACCAUUUCCAAGAUACACUCCACUAUCCAAGGUUCCUAAUUCUGCUUUACUGGAUUGCCAAAACCUAUCGGAUUUUUCUGGAAAAGACUUUCUUGACCCCACAAAGGACAAGAAUGUGAAGGCAGAUAGAAAUAAUUAAAGAUUGUGAAUAACCGGUACUGUUAUCCGGAAAUCUGUACGUCGACUGGUUCAGACUUCAAACACAGAAACUUUUAUCAAACAGAAAUGAUGGGCCUGAGUUGUUUUGGUAAUGACUACUCAUCUGUCAUUGUCGAUCGCCUGAAUUCAUUAUCAUAUUUGAAUACAGGUUCAAAUCAAAUAAAGCAUUAAUAUGAUAAAUAAAUGUAAAUAAAACUAGACACUACAAUCAAUGUUCACAUUAAAAACUUUUUUAAUAAAUUUAAAAAAGAAGGAAAGUUUUAGCGUGUUGUUAUACAAUGAAGUUAGCAUGCAGAGAUUGUUAUGUAUACGGGUUUUGACAAAUUUGAACAGGUGUAUCAGACAGUAAUGUCAUGACUAAGGCAAGUAAGGAAGGCCAUGUAAGUUCUUACUGGGUCAUGAACACAGUGUGGAAUAAGAUAAUGC